AUGUUAAGAACGUCAACACUGUUCACAAGGCGUGUCCAACCAAGCCUAUUUUCUAAAAAUAUUCUCAGACUGCAAUCCACAGCUGCAAUUCCUAAGACUCAAAAAGGUGUCAUCUUUUAUGAGAACAAAGGAAAGCUGCAUUACAAGGAUAUCCCAGUCCCUGAACCCAAACCAAAUGAAAUUCUAAUCAACGUUAAGUACUCUGGUGUAUGUCACACCGAUUUACAUGCGUGGCACGGUGAUUGGCCAUUGCCCGUCAAGCUGCCAUUAGUGGGUGGUCAUGAAGGUGCUGGUGUAGUUGUCAAAUUAGGUUCCAAUGUUAAGGGCUGGAAAGUGGGCGAUUUAGCAGGUAUCAAAUGGUUGAACGGUUCUUGUAUGACGUGCGAAUUCUGUGAAUCAGGCCACGAAUCCAACUGUCCAGAUGCUGAUUUAUCUGGUUAUACACAUGAUGGCUCUUUCCAACAAUUUGCGACUGCUGAUGCUAUACAAGCCGCCAAAAUUCAACAAGGUACUGACCUGGCUGAAGUAGCCCCAAUAUUAUGUGCUGGUGUUACUGUAUAUAAAGCAUUAAAAGAAGCAGACUUAAAAGCUGGUGAUUGGGUUGCCAUCUCUGGUGCUGCUGGUGGCUUGGGUUCCUUAGCCGUUCAGUACGCCACUGCGAUGGGUUACAGAGUUUUAGGUAUUGAUGCAGGCGAGGAAAAGGAGAAACUUUUCAAAAAAUUGGGAGGUGAAGUAUUCAUCGACUUUACUAAGACGAAGGACAUGGUUUCUGAUAUUCAAGAAGCUACCAAAGGUGGCCCUCAUGGUGUCAUUAACGUUUCCGUUUCUGAAGCCGCUAUUUCUCUAUCUACAGAAUAUGUUAGACCAUGCGGUACCGUCGUUUUGGUUGGUUUGCCCGCUAACGCCUACGUCAAGUCAGAGGUCUUCUCUCAUGUGGUGAAAUCCAUCAAUAUCAAGGGCUCAUAUGUUGGUAACAGAGCAGAUACAAGAGAGGCCCUAGACUUCUUUAGCAGAGGCUUAAUUAAAUCACCAAUCAAGGUUGUUGGAUUGUCUGAAUUACCAAAGGUUUAUGAUUUGAUGGAAAAGGGCAAGAUUUUGGGUAGAUACGUCGUCGAUACUAGUAAAUAA